UUGCUUCUCCUUUCAACAUGAGCUGUGAUUCUUUCUUCUGAAAUUAGGGUUUCUUCAAAAUCAUAUUCCCCUCUUUGAUCUUACUUUUGUUUGUCACCAUGUUCAAGAAUCAAGAAAUGAUGUACAAAAACAAUGCAAAACCCGCCGGAAUCAAAUCUCCGGCGAAGCAAAGCCGUGUCGGAGAUAGGGAAGUCCGGCCCGGAGGAAUGCUUGUCCAGAAAAGAACAUCCGACCAGAACUCUACCCCCAUAAUUCCGACCAUAAAAGUCACUGUGAAAUAUGGGCAGUCUUGUUUUGACAUGUUUAUUAACCCUCAUGCAAGCUUUGGGGAUUUGAAGAAAAUGGUGGCAGGACAAGUUGGGUUAAUGCCUCAAGAUCAGAAGAUGUUUUUCAUGAAGAAGGAAAGAGAUUCAAGAUCAUUUCUUGACAUAAUUGGUGUAAAAGAUGGAUCACAGAUUUUAUUGGUUGAAGACGAGGAUAAAAAACCCGACAAUUUGGACAAGGCGUCGCAAACCAUAGCCCAAAUCGGUUAUGAGAUUGACAAACUCGUGAAAGAGGUGACAGUUUUAGAGGAUGAGAUUGAAAGUGGAAAAAGAGUGGUGGAGAAAAACUUGUUGAAUUUGAUAGAGCAAUUAAUGACACAAUUAAUCAAACUAGAUGGAAUUUCAGCUGAUGGGGAUGUCAAGCAAAAUAGAAGAAUGCAGGUAAAAAGGGUGCAAAAGUAUAUAGAAAUUCUCGAUGAGUUGAAGAUUAAGAAUGCGAGCAACCAGAAUCAACACUCGACUAUGUAUUAUCAUAAGCAGAUGAUUACGAAGAUGAUUAUCGAGAAACAACUAGAAAAUAAUCGUUUUAAUGAUAAUAAUAAUAAUAGUUAUUAUUGUGGAAUGAAAGAAAAGGCAGGGGCAGGGGCAGGUAUUGUGACAACAAAAUGGGGAACAUUUGAUAAAACCAUUAUUAACUCUGGCCCUAUUCAUGCUCUUGGAAGGUUUUAAAUAAUUAUAUAUAUAUAUAUAUUAAUCUCUUUUUUUAAACAUGUAUAUAAUAUUAUAGCCAUGUGAGUAUUCAUUUUGCCCUUGUAUUUUUGUUAAGUUUAAUGUCUUUAUUACUUUAAAGUGGAGUAAUAAGUAAUUGCAUAUAUUCCAUUUGAUUCAAUUCAAAAUUGUUAUUCUUAUAUU